UGUGUCAUGUCGUCAGCGCGCGUGGUUCUUUAAAAAUAUGUCUGAGCUAUAAGAACGGAAUAAAAUUGUUAAUAAAUACAGAAAACCAAAAGAAUAUAGAAAACAAUAAAACUAAACAGAAUUAAAAACUAUACAAAAGAAAAACCCUAGUGAAGUGUGUGCUUAGAAGUGCUUAACUUCAAUAAAAGUAAAAUAUAGUUUACUAAUCCACAAUCGAUAUGAGUUUGCCGUCGGGUGUGGACAUGCAGAAUCUGAUGUCACAGCAUCCGGUUCUCGGAGCACUGCCACCUGCUUUUUUCCUGAGAGCCGCCUCCGAACGUUAUCAAAGGACUCCCAAAUGCGCCCGCUGCCGGAAUCACGGAGUGGUCAGCGCCUUGAAGGGCCACAAACGAUAUUGCCGCUGGCGGGAUUGUGUCUGCGCCAAAUGCACGCUAAUUGCGGAACGCCAACGGGUCAUGGCUGCUCAGGUCGCCCUCCGUCGUCAGCAGGCCCAAGAAGAGAACGAGGCCCGCGAACUGGGUCUCCUGUACACCUCGGUUCCUGGUCAGCAGAAUGGCAGCGACAGUGCCACGCCCACUCCUCACAGUCCCAACCACAGUGGCAGCGGAGGAUCGGCCAGUGGAGGAUCCGCCCAGAAUGGCGUCUUUCACGGCGGGAUUCCAUCGCCACCGAGCGACGGCUUCGAGGCCAGCUCCACUCCCAAUCACCACCAGCAAUCGCAGCAGCAACAGUCGCACCACCAGCAGCAGCACAGCCACAACCACCAGCACCAGCAGUCCCAGCGAUUCAAUGGCAAUGAAUCCGACACGGAUGGACGCACCCGUUCCGAGCACCUCAGCGUGGGCUUCUCGCCCACGAGAACCGAGUUGGACGAGAGUCCCGUUUCCAAGCGUGGAGCUACCUUGUCAAAUGAAACAGACCAGGACACGGGCUCCGAGUCCGGAUCACCGAGCAGUCCUAGACCAAAGGUCGCAGGACUCUUUAAUCUGACCGCCAGCUUGUCUCCCGCCCGCACAGGACCACCCAGCUCUCCGGAGUCCGAUUUGGAUGUGGACUCGGCGCCGGAUGAGGCCACGCCGGAGAACUUGAGUCUCAAGAAAGAGGACAGCCAAUCGCCGCCAAAUACACCCGCCGAGAACCUGCAUUUGCUGCGAUCCUUUAGCAGCAGUCAUGCCCCGGGCUUCCUGCCAUAUCACCACACGCAGUUCCUGGCCGCCGCCGGCUUGCCCGCCCACCACCACCCACCGGCGCACUCGCCACACCACCAGCAGCAACAGCAACAACAACAGCAGCAGCAUCAGCAGAACCACAUGCAACAGCACCACCAGCAACAACAGCAACAGCAGCAGCAGAGAUCGCCCAUAGAUGUCCUGAUGAGGGUGUUCCCCAAUCGCCGGCGCAGCGAUGUGGAGCAACUGAUGCAGAGAUUCCGCGGCGAUGUCCUCCAGGCCAUGGAGUGCAUGUUGGCUGGCGAGGAUUUGGGUCAGACACCGCCGCAGGUUCCGCCCUCACCGCCCUUCCCCAUGAAGUCCGCCUUCUCGCCCUUGGUACCGCCCUCGGUUUUCGGAUCCCCAACACACCGCUACCAUCCCUUCAUGCAGGCGCACGCCAAGAGAUUCCUGACAGCACCCUAUGCCGGAACUGGUUACCUUCCGGGAGUGCUCAGUGCGGCGGACAUCGAGCAGUCGGAGUCCAAUGGGGCGGGUGGCCUCGGGUUGGAUCGCACCAGCAACGCCGGCGAUUCCCAGGAUUGAGGCAGCGAGGCUGAGGCCAACGGCUCUGCCGUCUUCAGGCCUUUCGAGUAAGCUUUCCUUCUAGACUAGGGAAAAACAAAGCACUUCUAAAGUCAAGAAUGAAAUGUCUAAAUACGCAGGGUGUAACUUGGAAAAUCAUUGCUUUAAACUUCGAGUUUAUCAAAAUAAUUUGUUUUCUUCACUUUUUUAAUUCAAGAUUUUCGAAAUUUGAAUACCUUUUUAAAAAUGAAGUUUUAUCUUUAUUUAAUCUUUCGGUCUUAUUUUAUUUGUAUUAUUUACCUUACAUAAAGAAGCAUAAAUUCUUGAUUUUAGAACCAGAUUUAACCCAUGAUUUGUCCUAGAUAUGCCUAAAACUAAGUGUAAAUUAUAUUUACCCUUGAACUUCUAGCACAAGUAUUGUAACAUAGAAACCAUAAUAACAAUAUGAUUAAUGAAUUAUAAAUUAAGAAAACCAUACACUCGAUCCCAGUUAAGAGCCAUAAGAUUUAUUUGUUUAGCUGAAAUUAAUAUUAUAAAGACGAUGAGAUUAUUGUGUAAGAGAUUGUUCGAUCACAACCAACUAAUUGAGAUAUCCAUGUGUACCAUAUAAAUACGAACAUAUAUAUAAAUAUAUUAAAUAUCAUAUUAUGUCUUAGAUAAAGUACAUUUCAAACACUGUGUUAAAGUAUUUAAUAAAUCUACAAAAUAAUU